CCGGGAGGCGGAGCUUUAACGGAACAGCUGCUGGCCACCGAUGACUAACGGUGGAGCAACUAACGGUAGAUGAGAGACAGAGAGCCCGAGCAGAGUGCACCAUCAUGGGAGCGAACCAGGUCUCAGUGUGGCUGAUAUGGGUUUGUCUCGUGCAGUGCUCGGGGAUGUUGUCUCACGUGGAGAGAUAUGAGGUGGUCAGACCUCAGAGACUGGCGGGGAGACUAAAGAGGAGCCUGCGGGACAACCAGCUUUAUCCUGAUACGGUUCGGUACGAGUUGGCUGUUGAAGGGAAAAAGCACACGAUUUACCUGGAAAAAAACAGGAAUCUUAUUGGGAAAGGCUACACUGAAACACACUAUUCAGAAGACGGAAAACGUGUCACAACGUCACCAAAUGAGGAGCACUGCUACUACCAUGGUCACAUUGAGGGCAUGAAGGACUCUUCGGUCAGCGUUGGGAUCUGUUCGGGCGUUAGUGGCUUUGUGCGAGCCCGGCAGCAGCUCUACCUGAUAGAGCCCCUGGGACAGUCUGAGGACGGCGACCACGCAGUUUACAGGCAGGAACACCUGAAGUUCAGCAGCAGGCCCGGCUCCUCGUCCAACACCACCGUAUCGUACGACCGGGACCAGGACCAGGGCCCUCGACCCGCAGGACUCUUCAGGUCCAGAAUGUGGAAAUCUAAAACCAUCACAGGUCCGCAGAAGUUUGUGGAGCUGUUUGUGGUGGUGGACAAUGCUGAGUACAACCAAUAUGGAAGCCAGACUAAAUCCCGUAUUCUUGGAGUUAUAAAUCACGUUGACAAGCUGUAUCGAUCUCUGAACAUCCGGGUCAUGCUGGUGGGCUUGGAGAUCUGGACGUACAAAGACUACUUUGACGUUCACAUUAAUUCGGAGACGGCUCUGGAUAAUUUUCUCCUGUGGCGGCAGACCAGCCUUCUGCCGAGGACGAAGCACGACAACGCUCAGUUUGUGACUGGCAAAGAUUUUGAUGGAGAUACAGUUGGACUCGCGAAUAAGUUUGCCAUGUGUUCUGAGAACUCCGGCGGAGUGAAUCAGGAUCACCAUGUCAACCCGAUAGGCCUCGCCUCUACCAUCGCUCAUGAGAUGGGACAUAACUUCGGCUUGUCCCAUGAUGCCGCGGGUUGUGUGUGCGGUCCAUCGUACAGCAGCGGGAACUGCGUGAUGGCGGAUAAGCUCAGGACAGGAAGUCAAGCGUUCCCGGAGUUCUUCAGCGACUGCAGUGUGGAGCAGCUCGCUGAAUUCAUGGAGCGCGCUCAGCCCAGCUGCCUGUCCAAGCCGAUCUCCGUUACGACCAUCGCCAUGGCCCCUUGCUGCGGCAACGCCAUGCUGGAUCCCGGAGAGGAGUGUGACUGUGGCACUGUGGAGGAAUGCAGGAAUCCGUGUUGUGACGCUUCAACUUGUCGCCUGACUGAAGGCUCCCAGUGUGCUCAUGGACAAUGCUGUGACAACUGCCAGGAAUCUUAAGUGUGGAUCUAUAUUUUGUGGAGGAGGGGGCGAGUCCAUCACGGGUAAAAGGGCAUCCUACACUGUGUACGGCAUAGAAUGUAAACUGGCUGAGGAUGACGACAAGACCAGAAACAUGGACAUGGUGUCAAAAGGAACCAAAUGUGGACCAAAUAAGGUUUGCUUCGACAACAGAUGUGUGGAUUUAUCGGUUUACGGGAAAACGGAGGAUUGUGCAAAGAAAUGCAACAACAACGGGGUGUGUAAUCACAAGAACGAGUGCCACUGUAAUCCUGGCUGGGCUCCACCCUAUUGUGACAUCCAGUAUGCAGAUUUACCUCAAGGUCAGAAUGGGAUAAUAGCUGGUGUGUGUGCAGUUCUCUCCAUCCUCUUGGUGAUCACCGUAGUGAUCGCAAGCCUGAUGUGCUGUAAAAAGGACAACAUGGACAACUACACGUCAAAAAGGAAAGUGCACUCAGCUCCAGACAAGCUGAACCCGAUGUUCCAGGAGCCAAAUGGUAAAGACAGACCUCAGAUCAGUCAGCCCACUUUCAUGGAAUCAACAGCGGCGCAAGCCAGCGCUCCUCUGAUUGUUACUGUGACUCCCAGCCGACCCGCGCCACAGCCACCAAAGAAAUUGUCUUCAGUGGCGUCUACCUCACAGACUGAGCCGAUGAAACCUCAACCUCCAGUGAAACCUUUACCACCUCUGAAUAAAACACAGUAUAAAACAGCCAGUCCGAGUGUUCCUCCUGUACCUCCAGUCAAGCCCAGCCCUCCUCCGGCUGCCAGAAUCAAACCGAGCGCUCCUCCUCCGCUGCCCCCAGCGAAGCCACAUGUUCACAGACUCACAUGAAUUUCUCAUUAAAAGUAUCAGGUUAGACUAAAGAAGAGGACAUUCAGCUACAUAUAGAAAGAGAGCGAUUCUGUGUGAGUCACAAAGGCCAAAGAGUGUGGAAAAGCAAGGACGACCGAGGCUUCACCGACUGAGAAUGUCUUUGAUUUGAGACCAACAGCUUCACAACUGCUGUGGAAAACUCUCCAUUAACUGCUGCUGCAGUUGUCAUUGUGUUUGUAAAAGAUUCUUUCUGCUAACUUCCUUUGUAACGUUACUGUAAGUUGUCUCAUCGCACUUUUAUAAGUGUGAGCAAAAUGGUGCUCGCAUGAAAAUGUACUUUUUAAGAUAUUUAUUUAAUGUUUGUCCAAGGGACUGUACAGAAAUUAUUACAUGGGGAAAGAGGAUUGGGAUGGGUGGGGUUUUCCUUUUUGUUGAAGGAAGGGUAGAUAUAUAUUUUAUAUUCUAUAGGUAGUUAACUGUGGGGGUUUAAAAGCUUUUUCAACAGCUGCCUGCUGCAUAGGGUUGAGUAUCCAUACCAGUACCAGUACCCGUACCCUUAAAGUGAUGCUGAUACCAAUAAACAGGGUGUCCAAGGGGGUUUUAAAGAGCCUAAAAUCCAAUAUUUUGAAUAAUUUAAAAUAUUUUAAAUAUGAUUCUGACAGGUCUUACAAAUUGCUUGGAUUAAUGGAGUUAACAAUGUUUGUAUAAACUUUCUGUUUUUUGGAGAAACAUUUUUUGUCAGUAUGGAUGUAAAAUAGGUCUCAAAUUACUUUUAUGAUGGUCUUAAAAAGCCUUAACUUAACUUAAUGUGGUUGUCUUUUCAACAUAUAUAGAUUUUGAAGAUGUUAAAAGAUAAAAGCAACAUAUAUAUAAGGCCACAUUUUAGGUUAGCUAGCUAAUGUUAGCAAAACAAAGUAAUUCUUGAUGUAACUAGCUAACAAUUGGUGUAAAUUAGAUAGCUAGUUAGCCAGCAUUUUUAUAACAUUAUAGCUUUUAUCUUUUAACCAUCUUUAAAAAUGGUUUUCAACAUAGACGAGGCUAGCACAACUGUUAUUGGAGCACACCAAAAAGGGGCGGGACUUAGGAUGGGUCAGUUCUCUGCAGGUUCAUCAGGAGACCCCUUUCAGUUUGAUACCUUGUGAUUAUAAAAGUAUUGAUUAUAGUCACUUUAAUGAUAAUAUUACAGACAUUAUGGGGGCGGGUGCAGCAGGUUUAUCUGCACCGACGGGAGGGUCCAUUGGUCUCAGCUGCCCUCGCCUCACCAAUCAUUUUUGUACAGUCCCUAAACUGUCUAAAGCCAGUCCGUGCCUUCUACUACCAGGUCACUUUGCUCUAUACUUGAAACCCUACGAAUGGUACACGCAGUAUGGGAGGCUUUGCACAGUUCAGAUGACCUGUGUGUCUUUCUGUGGCUGAAACAUUUACACGCUCCUUUGUUUGAUUUCAGUCCUGAGGGGGCUUUUUUUUAAUGCACUGUUAAGUUUCCAGGGCAACAGUCCCAUCGUUUUUAUACCUUGUGGUAUGUUAAAUUGUAAAUUAAUGGCAAAUCGCUGAUAGUACAAGUUGACACGAUCACAGUCCUACCUUUUAAUCUGUCACAUCAGAUGUAAAAAAUCCCUGAGAGGGCCUUUUGUUGCAGCAAACAAAGAGAAAAGUAUGAUGAGAUGAUUGUGUUGCAUCAGCAGAUUACACAAGCCGCAAUACAUGACAGAGGACUUCUUAUCCUCUGUGUUUUACUUAGCGCUUCAUUAUGUGAAUUGCAUAAUGAUUAAAAGAUGAUUUUUUCUCUAAGAA